CGGUCCCCUCGGCCGGCCGUCCUCACCCCAUCGCCGGCUCUGUGCUCCCCAGGCCUGAGGUCUGAUCCUGCGCCCUGCGCCAUGCCGAGGGAGAGGAGGGAGAGGGAUGCCAAGGAGCCGGGCACCAUGAAAGAGGAAAGUGGCAGCGAUGCCUCAGUUCGCUCCAGGAAGAGGAAGGCAAAUGUGGCCGUGUUUUUGCAGGAUCCAGAUGAAGAAAUUGCCAAAAUCGACAGGACCGUGAGAAGCCAGUGUGGCAGUCAGCCGUGGGACAGUAAUCCAGACUGUGAAAACCCCUGCUCCUUGAUCCCCACACCUGACAAAGAAGAGGAUGAGCUGGUGUGCCCAAGCCCCGGGCACAAGCCUCAGGGCACCAGGCCAGCGCGAGCCCCACCCCUGCCUGUGCUGAACUGGGCAAAUCGAGACGAGGUCUGGAAAAUCAUGUUAAACAAGGAAAGGACAUACUUAAGGGACAAGCACUUUUUACAGCGGCACCCUCUCCUGCAGCCGAAAAUGCGAGCGAUUCUUCUGGACUGGCUGAUGGAGGUGUGCGAAGUCUACAAACUUCACAGAGAGACAUUUUACCUGGCGCAGGAUUUCUUUGAUCGAUAUAUGGCGACACAACAAGACGUCGUAAAAACGCUUUUACAGCUUAUUGGGAUUUCGUCUUUAUUUAUUGCUGCCAAACUUGAGGAGAUAUACCCUCCAAAGCUGCACCAGUUUGCAUACGUCACGGAUGGGGCUUGCUCCGGCGACGACAUCCUCACCAUGGAGCUGAUCAUCAUGAAGGCUCUGAAGUGGCAUUUAAGUCCCCUGACCAUUGUGUCCUGGCUGAGUGUCUACUUGCAGGUGGCCUACCUGAACGACGUGUACGAAGUGCUCCUGCCGCAGUACCCCCAGCAGAUUUUCAUACAGAUCGCAGAGCUGUUAGACCUCUGCGUCCUGGACGUCGGCUGCCUGGAAUUUCCCUACGGCGUCCUUGCUGCUUCUGCCUUGUACCAUUUCUCUUCGUCCGAACUGAUGCACAAGGUUUCAGGGUAUCAGUGGCGUGACGUAGAGAAGUGUGUCAAGUGGAUGGUCCCGUUUGCCAUGGUUAUAAGGGAGACAGGAAGCUCGAAACUGAAGCAGUUCCGGGGCGUGCCCGCGGAGGACGCCCACAACAUCCAGACCCACCUGAACAGCUUGGACCUGCUGGACAAAGCCCAAGCGAAGAAAGCCAUAUUAUCUGAACAGAAUCGGGUCUCUCCCCUCCCCACCGGGGUCCUCACCCCGCCACCUAGCAGUAAGACACAGCGACGGGCAGGGGACCGCAUGACACCAGCCUCCUCCAAAGACAGUGGCGCGUCCGGGAGUGGCUGUUCCAGGCCCUCGCCUGUCCGCCCCAUGGGCCGCGCUAGCCUCUCGGACUCAAGAAUGGGAGGGCACCCCUGCGCGGCGGAGGCGUGUCUGGGGGUGGCGUCGGCGGGGACGAGUGCUCUCACGGGACGCUCGGGCUUUGCAACGAGCGGGUCAAGCACACCGGCCACCUCCUGACACCAGAGCGAGCUCCAGGGGCUGCCAGGGAGGCCGCCGCUGGGCUCGCUCCCCUGUUCACACGGGUGACAGGCGACGCCAAGGCCUGCUGCGCCGGCCCCCCUCGGGAGUUCGCACUGGGUCCCAUGCGUUGAGCGGAGCAGGCGGUCGGGGGCCUCACGAUGCGGGGCCCGCACCCCACACGGCUGGGGCCCACCCGCCCACUGCCAGUUGACAGUGUACAAUGCCUUUUAUGAACUGUUGUUUUCUAAGUGCUGCUACGUCUAUCCAUUUUUAAUAAAGGUGGCCCUGUCCUCGAGACAGCUGGCUUUACGAGC